AUGCCCAGAGACAGCCCACCACACUCACGACAGCGGUCCCGCUCACCACGGAGAGAUCGCGACAGGCCACGCGAAUACGACAGGCGCUCACCCCGGCGCCGCUCGCCGGAUCGUGAGCGCGAGCGCGGAGACCGUGGUGAACGUGGUGAACGUGGUGACCGAGGAGACCGUGACCGUGGUGACCGUGAUCGCGACCGCCGCGAUGGCACAGACAGGCGUCGCGAUGACACCUACAGCUCGCGCGGGAGGGAUGAAGGGUACUCGGCAAGAGACCGCGAGAAGGAGCGUGAUGGAGACAGGAAGCGGUUUGACGAGGACACCGGUGGCGAGGUCGCCCGCGCGCCGUCCCCCAUCAAGCCCAACUUUGGCAACUCGGGCCUGCUCGCCAAGGAGGCCAACACGGUCAAGGGCGUGGCGAUGAAGUACCACGAGCCGCCCGAGGCGCGCAAGCCGGUUCAGAACUGGCGGCUGUACGUCUUCAAGGGAGACGAGCAGGUCGACCUCAUCCACAUCUACCGCCAGAGCUGCUACCUCGUGGGCCGCGACACCGUCGUGACCGACAUUCCCAUCGCGCACCCCAGCUGCUCGAAGCAGCAUGCCGCCAUCCAGUUCCGCCAGAUCACCAAGCGCAACGAGUUUGGCGACCAAAAGUCCGAGGUCAAGCCGUUUGUCAUCGACCUCGACUCGACAAACGGCACCUAUGUGAAUGGCGAGGAGAUUCCAAAGUCGCGCUACUAUGAGCUGCGCGCCAGCGACGUGCUCAAGUUUGGAACGUCGUCCCGAGAGUAUGUGCUCCUGCACGAGGAUGCUGGCAAGUAG